AUGAGCAGAUCAGGGGAGGAGAUAAACAGCAACAGGACAAUCAGACAUCGGACAUAUAUAUGCAUAUUAUAAAACCAUUUUCCUGAAGGGGAAACAUAUUGUCUAAUUGUCCUCUCACGGGUGUUAAGAGUCUUCGUCGGCCGCUCGGUGUGAGCAUCACUGCUAGACUCCGUCAUCACACAGGACCACUGACGCAGUUUCUCACGGUGUAGGUGUAAAGCAUUGUUGACUACUGCGGUGGCGGGGCAGGAGCUCACAGCUCAGGAAGAUGGCAUCACCCUUUGUGCCUGUCCCAGUGCCCUUGGAAAGAGUCCUGUCUGGAGGUAGCAACAAACUGAGGCGGCCUCAGCGAGCGUCAUCGCUAGGCAGCGUCUCCAGCAGCUCGGAAUCCUCUUCCCCGAUCACCAGGUCAGUAGGGGAGGACCAUGGGAGAGGAUUAGGUUCCCAGCGCCAGUCCCGCUGCAUGGAAAGAAGCGGACGGAGUCGGACCCCACCGCUCCAGAGCCCUGUGACGCAGGCCAGGAUGAACGGGACUCAUGAGAACUCUGUGGUGUACUCCACCUGCCCUCGCUCCAUAUCGGACCCUGAAGGGAGCCAGCAAGUGGAGGAGAGACCCAUCACCCCAACUCUGCUGGGAUAUGAGGUCAUGGAGGAGAGGGCCAAGUUCACGGUAUACAAGAUCCUGGUCCGAAAGUCUCCAGAUGAGAGCUGGGUUGUUUUUAGACGGUACACAGACUUCUCCAGACUCAACGACAAGUUAAAAGAGAUGUUCCCCGGCUUCCGUCUCGCGCUGCCUCCCAAGCGCUGGUUCAAAGACAACUACGACAGCGACUUCCUGGAAGACAGACAGUUGGGACUACAGGCCUUCUUGCAAAACCUAGUUGCACACAAGGACAUCGCCAACAGCCUGGCAGUCAGAGAGUUUCUGUGUCUGGAUGACCCACCCGGACCCUUUGAUAGUCUGGAGGAGAGCAGGGCAUUCUGUGAGACUCUGGAGGAGAGCAACUACCGUCUCCAGAAGGAGCUGCUGGAGAAGCAGAAGGAGAUAAUCUCCCUGAAGAGGAGGCUGGAGGAGAGGGAGCAGGCUAUUCAGCUAUUGGAGAAGCAUAUCAAUGGUGAGUGUGUGAGCCCAGAGUCUCCAUGUGGUCUGUCAGCUCAAGGCAGCGAGAGCAGUGCUGAUGCAGAUGUGGAGUCCUCUGCUGCAGAGGCUGAUCAGGACAUGACUGAUGAAACCGGUGGUGCUGCCCCAAUCUGAAAACAGAGUCCAAUACCAUGUGAGUGGCAGGUGCGAGGUCCAGCCGGUGCGAUCUUCCGCCUGUUGGUGCGGACCAUCGCUCAGCACCUCUCCUCCGGUCAUCCAGGUCACCCAGUUCUACCACCAGAAGCCUGAACACUAACAACCAACACUGCUUCUACUCCAUCUCCUCCAUCUCUUCCUCCUCCUCCUCCUCCUCUUCCUCUUCUUCCUCCUCUUCAACAUCAUGCGUGUUUCAAUGUCCUUUCCUUUCCUCUGUAUCCUUUCGGUUUUACCCGUCUGUCCUUCUUUCUGCCAUUCUUUCC